AUGUACCAAGAAAUACACCCGGAAUCCGCCUGCGCCCAGUAUCAGAUCUCCGUAUGUUACUCGAUAUUGGCGAAGUCUGAACCUGAUAGCCAUACCUUUGUGAAAGCUGACGUCUACCGCGCGUCGUUCAAAUUUGGAGUCUUCAAUGCUAUACAAUCGAUAUGCUUCGACGACGUGACUUCAUCUUAUCCAACGGUAGCACCCACUGGCAGCGGUAAAACCGUUCUGUUCGAACUUGCUAUAAUCCGCUUGCUUAUGGAAUCUGGCACCGGUGCACGAGCGACAAAAUGCGUGUAUAUGGCUCCAACUAAGGCGUUGUGCUCCGAAAGGUUCCGAGAAUGGACCACCAAGUUUGAAGUGCUGGGUGUCAAAUGCUGCGAGCUAACCGGCGAUACUGUUCAGUUUGGCAAGAGUGCUUGGGGAGACGCUAAGAAUGCUACUAUUAUGUACGGAGAGAAAUGGGAUAGCCUGACCAGGCACUGGCGAGACUACGGGCAAAUCCUAUCCCAAGUCCAGUUAUUCAUGGUCGACGAGGUGCAUAUCCUGAAUGAAUCUAGAGGCAGUACCUUGGAGGUCGUGAUCUCUAGGAUGAAAACGCGCGGUACCUCUGUACGCUUCAUGAUGGUAUCUGCUACUGUCCCAAAUAUCGGGGAUAUUGCCAGUUGGGUAGGUUCCCGGAAUAAGACCGGCCCGGCGAAGAUCUUUCAGUUCGGAGAGGAGUUUCGCCCGUGUAAAUUGACGAAGUUCGUCUACGGUGUUCCACGUCACAGGAACCAGAACGAUUUCGCGUUUUCGGCCAGUCUGGAUAAGCACCUCUUCCCAGUGCUGCAGCAGCACUCGGUGAAUAAGCCGGUUCUUGUCUUUGUUGCCACUCGACGAGGGGUACUGGUAACCGCAGAGCACCUGGCUGCGGAGUACGAGAGAGCGUCUCAGGCCAAAAAGCCCUUGCCUUGGUCACAGCCUCGCAACGCGACCUCCGCAGAGCUAGCAUCAGUCGGCAUCGGUGUGCAUCAUGCGGGGCUCAGUAUGGAUGAUCGGCGGGCGACGGAGCAUUUGUAUAUGGAGAAGAUUCUGCGAUUAGUGGUGGCGACGUCUACAUUGGCAGUUGGAGUCAACCUGCCUGCCCACACGGUCGUCAUUAGAGGAGUCAAGAUGUACCAAACGGACGGAUACAAGGAAUAUUCCGAUCUUGACAUAGUACAGAUGAUGGGUCGCGCCGGUCGCCCUCAAUUUGACAAGGAGGGCAUUGCGAUCAUUCUCUGUGAGACGGAGUUAGAGGCGAAGUAUCGAGACCUCGUUCAAGGAAAGACUGUCCUCGAGAGCUGUCUUCAUCAGAAUCUCUCCGAACAUCUUAACUCGGAAGUGGGAUUGGGCACGAUCACCGACGUAUUUACGGCCAAAGAGUGGUUGUAUAACUCUUUCCUCUUCCAGAGGCUACAAAGAAACCCGUCUCACUACGCGAUAGGGAAGACGACCGGUCAGUCCUGGCAGGAGAGGCUAGAUGAGAUGGUGUUGCAUAGUGUCACGGCCCUAAAAGACUCGGAGCUCCUGGAAUACGAUGGGGAUGAUGACUCCGGCAGUCUUCGGUCGACCGAAUAUGGCGAUAUAAUGAGCAAGGUAAUCUUAAUAACUACUACUCAAUUAAGCAUGCUCAUUAAGCGGCGACGACGCUCAGUUCUAUGUGCGUCAAGCGACGGUCAGUCAUUGCAGAUAUGCAUCCCAUCGUCUAAUCAUCCAGUUUACAACCGACUUCGGGAACAUGAAGAUAUAAGAUUCAAGAUCAAGAAGGUCGAGAAACCUGCGGACAAGGUCUUUCUCCUGAUUCAGGCUGUGCUCGGAGGUAUACCUUUGAAUUCUUCGGAUUUCAAGAGCUCGGACAGUCAGCCGCCUCUUGAUGCACUGAGUGUCUUCCGGCACGUAGGGAGAAUUGCAAGGGUAGUGGUGGAAGUGUCAUUAGUGAAGAAAUAUGGUGCUCAGAUCAAAUUCGGGCUAGAACUCAUGCUAUUGAAUCGUCGCCCACCAUUCGGCCAUGAAGUCCUUGCUUGCCUGGCGGAGUUGCCCCGGUAUAUCCUAACCAUCACAGAGCAAGCUAUCACGUCGAGGGGCGGGAAAGGCCCAGUGAACGUGGAAAUCCUGGUUGAAUGCGGACUGGCUUCAGAUCAGGCAUCGCAUGCACCGAAGCCAAAGAAGAAUAAGGCGAGGCGAGGGGACAUGACCGCAAUUUUAACCCUAACGUCUGAUCUCGACUUCGUCGACUUUCGCCGGAUCUCGACCAAGGCUCUAACUGCGUCUAAGAGCUUUAGUGUCACGGCUGACCUUACGAAACCCAGCCAAUCUAUCCAUGUCUACAUAGCUUCGGAAAGUAUAGCUGGCGUGACGGUAUUGAAGAUGUAUAAGCCGCAGAUAAACGCGACGGAGUUUCCAGUUGUUAAUACUCGACCGCUCAACUCUGUGGAAGCCGACCUCCAAGGAUUGGAGGACGACCCAAACUUCUGGUAUACAGCUUCAGAUGAAGAGGAUAAACAAGAGGAUAAACCGGUAAAGGACUUGACGAAACCAAACGGUGGACUACUCUCUUCCAGCCUUUUGGACAACCGUUGCUGA